ACGUGCUCUAAUAUAUUAUCACACUUAUCGCUCAAGUUGUUUGUUUGGAUAAUAGGGAUUUUAGCCCUAUUCGGUAAUUUAACAGUUCUCUACAUCAAUUUAUAUAAGAUAAAACAAAGAACGGAACCAGUUCCAAUGUUACUUAUUACAAAUUUAGCGGUAUCUGAUUUAAUGAUGGCUGGUUAUAUGCUAAUUAUUGGAAGUGCAGAUCUGACGUAUCACGAUAUAUACGCUUUUAAUGCAGAAGUCUGGUUAAGAAGUUUUACUUGCGUACUUGCUUGUUUUCUUUGCUGUACUGCAAGUUUAAUGUCAGUUCUGAUGAUGAUCACCAUUAGUUUUGAUCGCUAUAUUUAUAUCGCAUUUCCAUAUUCCGCUAAAAGAUUAUCACCACAACAUGCUAAGGUUAUUAUUUUGAUACAGUGGAUGAUAUGCUUCGUCUUCGUGGGCUUACCGGUUGCGUACAGUUACAAAGCUGAUGGUGAUUUAAGAAUUUAUGAAUAUACAAGUAUCUGCAUGGCUAGUAAUUUUAGAAACUUUCAUUUUCGUGUAUGGAUUAUUGGAUACCUUACUAUCACAUUAAUUUGUUGGCUAACUACAUGUCUAAUGUACUCCCAUAUGUUUAUAGCGAUUCAUAAUACGUCGAGGGCCGCUACAUCUCGAGCACACGAUGGUGGUAAACGAAUUGCUAUGAGACUAUUUGCUAUCGUUAUAACGGACUUGAUUUCUUGGGUGCCUUAUUAUGCGUAUAUGAUCCAAGUAAUGAUCGAUCCUACCGAUAGUGGUAGCGUAGUUUUACAAUUUGCGAUUAUAGUAGCCCUACCGAUUAAUUCAGCUAUCAAUCCAUACUUGUAUACAAUG